AUGCGGUGCUCAACCUUCCUCGCUCUGGCUGCAUCAGCCUCCGGCGCGUCCGCCCAUUACUUCUUCCCCCACCUCAUCGUCAACGGCAACUUCACCGGCUACAACGAAUACGUCCGCGACAACAGCGCGGGCUACAUGCCCUUCAAGAACGGCUACGACAGCACCGACCUCCGAUGCCGUACCGGUUCCAUGGAGCACGCCGCCACCACGGGCGUCUAUAAAGUCAAGGCAGGCGACGAAGUGGGCUUCGGCCUCAACUUUGGCGGCACGAUUCAGCACCCGGGUCCCAUGCAGGCCUACCUCUCCAAAGCACCGGGUGAUGUUCGCGAGUACGACGGUUCCGGUGACUGGUUCAAGAUCUAUGAGCUCGGGCCAAAGUCCUUCUCCAGCGAAGGCAUCGAGUGGGGCGUCACCAACGUUGGCAACUUUACGUUCAAGUUGCCUGAGGAGACGCCCGCUGGGCAGUACCUUAUGCGAAUCGAGCACAUUGGCGUUCAUGGAGCUGGUGACUUUGGUGGUGCGGAGUUCUACUUCAACUGCGCCCAGAUCGAAGUUGAGAGCGACAGUACCGCCAUCCCCGGGCCGACUGUCAAGAUUCCGGGAUUGUACGACGGCCACGAGCCCGGUAUCGAGUUCUACAUGUACCGUCCGUGGAUCGUCAACUUCACGAUGCCGGGGCCGGCUAGAUGGCCCCAAGCUCUUGUGGAGAACGUUACCGCAGAGGGUGUUAGCGUGGCUCCGACAAUCACCCCUUGGACACUCCCGGCAGUCACGUCCACAGUCGGGGGACAGGACAUUUCGUCCUCAGCGGCGGUAGUCGUGCCCACAAGCCUUGCCUCCGCGGCAGUGCCUUCUGUCAACGCGACGUACUCGUACGCAUCUACGACUGCGGCUGGCCUAAGUGGAUCAGCGGCCCCGAAGAGCGAGAUCAGCGGGUUGGUGGUGUCAACAGUCAGCUCAGCCGCGACUUUGAGUGCAACGGCUGUGCCUUUCACCACCACUUCCAAGAAGUCUCGAUGCCCACCACGAAGCACAGUGAUCAGCACGGUUUACGUUACUGCAAGUGCUUAA